AUGACAACCGCAACCGCAACAACUCGUUUCAUGUUGAUUGCAUGCUUCAUUUCCCUCUUUUUACUAAACUUACAUCAAUGCUAUCCCAAUCCAUCUCCACCAGCAACGACCACCUCAACCAAUACAGCCAUUUUACCGAAACCCACCCAAAAUGUCAAUUUUGACCUUUUAAAGAAAAUUGUCGUUCAGGAAUUAAAUAAAACGGACAAAGACGAUGAUGAAAUAGCAGAUGAACUCGAAGCUAUCAGACGAGCUAAAGAAAAAGUCAGAAAAGCAAAAGAAAGGGCACGCAAAUCUAGAGAAAAGGCAAAAGAACGCAAAGACCGAGACGACGAAGCUGAUAAUAAUGACGAUGACAAUAGCAGCAGUAGCACCGAUAAUAUUAGUGGCAGUAGCACAAAAUCUACAUCAAAGCAGUAUAAACAUCAUGAAUUAAACAGUAACGACGACGACAGCGAUGAUGACGAUGGCAAUAAAGACGAUGGCCACAAAAAGUCAAACUCUCAUAAUAACAGUAAAGAAGAUGAUGCUAACAACAAGGCAGGCACUGCAACAACACCAACAAAUACUGUGGUUACUACUAUUAUUGUUGUAUCUACCGAGACACCCAAAACCAUCUACACUGGCUCUGGUUCAUCCAGCGAUUCAGCAAAGCAAAAGAGCGAUACCUCAAAGCACCAUGAAGUAAGCGACCCAAAUGGCGGCUCGUCCUCUACAUCUGACAAUGGUUCAGCUGGCUCUUCAUCGUCUGAUAAUUCUGAAAUAUCUCAGGAUACUGCUGCAAUGUUGCGUGAUCAAUUAGCUUACCGUAAAGUGGUAACGGCACUUUCUAUUGUGGGUGGCAUUGCUGGUAUCGCCCUUAUUACUGGUGGCCUUGUAUUCACUCGUAUGCGAAUGCGCAAGAGAAAGAGAAAGCAAGCAGAUCUCGAAGUAGCUGAAAACAACAACAGUAAUGACAGCGACAGAGGUUCUCAAUCACAACCACCUCCUACUCCUCCUCACUCUCCAUCGUCACUCACGCCAUAUUCACAUUACCACACUCGCUUCUCCAAUGAUGGUGGCGAUACUGUCAUUGGCUUCAGUCAAGAUCCUUUUAGUGACCCUGCCGACUUGUCAAAUAGCAAAAAUAUGAUACAAUCUUUGGAUCAACGCAUGAGUCUACAACCUACUGCACCACCUUCAUUACCUGUUAGUCUCGAACCUCCACGCCGUUAUGCUGAAUACCGCCAAAAUCAAACGCUUUCCAUGUUAUCACAAACAACUGCAACAUCAUUACCUUCUGCACCGAGCGCUAAAGAAUUGGAUGCGCUACACUAUGGUAAUCCUUUUGAUGACGAAGGCUUUGAUAUCACGGAAGAGAAUGAAGAUGAGUUGCAACGCCUAGGACAACCGCACCACCGCCAUCAUAGACAUCAUCCUUCGAUAGCCAUAUCUGUAGCCACGUCGUCAAUCGCGCCGGACGAAGAAGUAUCACUACCCUCACUCUCACUAUCUUCCCAUCUGGCAGACACUGGUGGCUCGUCUUCAUCCUCAUCUUCAUCCUCAACAACGUCAAAUCGACCUUCCUACCUACAACAUCAACAGCAUUUACAAAAAUCACAAGAAUCCUUCUCAUCAUCCGCUAAUCUACCACCACCUCCUGCUUAUACACCGAGUGCACCGCCCAGUGCGCCUCCACUAUACGCUCUUCCAACAUCAAGGUUAGCGCUGGAAGCUGAGAGACAACAACAGCAACAGCAGCAAGAAGAAGAGGAGUCAAGGCGACAUUCUAUUAGCAGUUGCAGUAUCACAUCUACCUCAAGGCCACUGUCAUUAAGGCGCGGCUCUGGUAGUUUGGCAUUGAUAUCCUUCAAGUAG